CUAGAGGUGUCUGGGUGAAUAAUCGUCGGUAGUUCAGGAGGCAUGUCUGGAGCAUUUUCUAGCUGGCAUCUUUUAAAGCCAAUCAUAAAUUGGCUAAUGUUACUCAUUUUGCUAACAGUCAGUUUUGCAUCUACAGAUCCAGAUGUUGAAGGUGAAGCAUUGAUCGAUUUGCUUAGGGCACUGAAUGAUUCCAGCGGCCGAAUAACAGAUUGGAAUUAUAAUCUCGUUAGCCCCUGUUUUAGCUGGUCUCAUGUCACUUGUAGAAAUGGAAAUGUCAUAUCCCUGAGCCUGGCAUCAAAUGGAUUUUCUGGAACGCUUUCUCCUUCGAUUACUAAACUGAAAUUUUUGGCUAGCCUGGACUUCCAGGAUAAUAGUCUAACAGGCCUGUUACCCAUUUAUCUUGCCAACAUGACACAUCUACAGAAUCUAAAUCUUGCAAACAAUAAUUUCAGAGGUCCUAUACCCAAUACCUGGGGUCAACUGUCCAAUUUAAAGCAUUUUUUUACAGGAGCACGUCUUGCUUGUGGUUCUAGCUUGAAGCAGCCUUGUGCUUCUGGCUCUGUUCUCCGAGUUUCAACCAAGAAAUCAAAACUUGGAACGGUUAUAACUUCGGCAAGUUGUGGUGUAACAGUAAUUCUUUUGAUUGGGGCUCUUUUCGCUUAUCGAUAUUAUCGCAUGCACAAACUAACACAUGAUGUCUUUGUUGAUGUUACAGGUGAAGAUGAGUGCAAAAUUUCCUUUGGCCAGUUAAGAAGAUUUUCUUGGCGUGAAAUUCAGCUUGCUACAGAUAACUUCGAUGAAAGCAACAUAAUUGGACAAGGGGGCUUUGGAAGAGUUUACAAAGGUGUCCUCUCAGACAAUGUAAAGGUUGCAGUGAAACGCCUUACAGAUUAUAACAGUCCUGGUGGAGAGGCUGCAUUCUUGAGAGAAGUACAACUCAUUAGCGUUGCAGUUCACAAGAAUCUUUUACGGUUGAUUGGAUUUUGUACAACUUCAUCCGAGAGAAUCCUUGUUUAUCCAUUCAUGAAAAAUCUUAGUGUUGCGUAUCGCUUGAGAGAUUUAAAACCUGGUGAGAAAGGCUUGGACUGGUCAACAAGGAAACGCAUCGCUUUUGGUGCAGCCCAUGGCUUAGAGUAUUUACAUGAGCAUUGUAAUCCUAAGAUUAUACACCGUGACUUAAAGGCUGCAAACAUUCUUCUAGAUGAUAAUUUUGAGCCCGUUCUUGGAGAUUUUGGGCUAGCAAAGCUGGUUGAUACAAAAUCAACUCACGUUACCACUCAAGUGCGUGGUACCAUGGGUCAUAUUGCCCCAGAAUAUUUGUCCACUGGAAAAUCGUCAGAAAAGACUGAUGUUUUUGGAUAUGGUAUCACACUUCUCGAACUUGUCACUGGUCAGCGUGCUAUAGAUUUUGCUCGGCUUGAAGAAGAGGAGGAUGUUCUUCUGCUUGAUCAUAUCAAGAAGCUGCAGAGAGAAAAUAGGCUUGAUGACAUUGUGGAUGGACACAUGAAGAUGCACGAUCCAAAAGAGGUUGAGACUGUCAUUCAGGUCGCAUUGCUUUGCACUCAAAGCUCACCCGAGGACCGUCCGACAAUGGCACAAGUGGUUAGAUUGCUGCAGGGAGUGGAUCUAGCAGAGUGGGAGCAGCUUGAGGAUGUAAGGAAUCGCGAAUUCUCACUCCUGUCUCAUCACCAGUUUGCCUGGGCUGAAGAGUCUACACAUGAUCAAGAAGCUAUACAAUUGUCCAAGGCAAGAUAGUAGUUGUUUCCUACAUUCCCUAAUUUAGAAUUAACCCAAAUAUUACUAAUUAUUGUACCAUAUAUAGUAUAAAUGUAUAUGUGUGUGAAAAGAUAAGAGAAGAGAGGAAAAGAAAGUUGUGGGAUAUCAUAUAGCCAAAGAUAAGUUUUCAUUUCAUAUAACCACUACGUUUGCGUGGGUGGAUAUGUAUGUGGUCUAUGAGACGUUGUUGAUUAAAUUUUGAGUGGGAUUGAUUUAAGAUACUUUUAAUCUUCA